CCCGCUGCCCGCCGGGAGGCAGCUCCCGCCGCCGGGCCGGGGCACAGCGCCACCCCCCGGCCGCUCCGCCCGCUGCGCCGCGGCCAGCGCCGCCCUGUUCUCCGCUCGGACGGCGAGGGCGGCGCGGCACGGAGCGGCGCGCGGGGGCCGCCUCCCGGGCGGGCAGGUAGCGAGCGUCCGCUCCCCGGCCCGGCCGCCGCCCGGUGCCUCGGGACCCGCCUCUGUAGCCGCCGGGGACAGGUGCAUAUGACAGCACUGCAGUGAUGAGUGGAAUUUUAAAGAGGAAGUUUGAAGAAGUUGAUGGCUCCUCACCUUGUUCCUGUGUGUGGGAAUCAGACGAUGACAUUUCUAGCAGUGAAAGCGCUGACAGUGGAAGUAAUGUCCAUCCAUCCACUUCUAAUAAUUUUACUCGUGCAUGUGACAGCAUUGCAGCGAUGAGUGGAAUUUUAAAGAGGAAGUUUGAAGAAGUUGAUGGCUCCUCACCUUGUUCCUCUGUGCGGGAAUCAGACGAUGACAUUUCUAGCAGUGAAAGUGCUGACAGUGGUGAUAGUGUCAAUCCAUCCACUUCUAAUCAUUUUACCCCCUCUUCAAUCCUGAAGAGAGAGAAGCGGAAGAGAACAAAAAAUGUCCAUUUUAACUGUGUUACUGUGUAUUACUUCACAAGAAGGCAAGGCUUCACCAGCGUUCCCAGCCAAGGGGGAAGCACGCUGGGAAUGUCUACUCGCCACAACAGCGUGCGCCAAUACACACUGGGAGAGUUUGCGAUGGAACAGGAGAGGCUUCACCGAGAGAUGUUAAGAGAGCAUCUAAGGGAGGAGAAACUCAAUUCUCUAAAAUUAAAGAUGACAAAGAAUGGUACAGUGGAAUCUGAAGAAGCUAAUACGCUGACGCUGGAUGACAUUUCUGAUGAUGAUAUUGAUCUGGACAACACUGAAGUAGACGAGUACUUCUUUCUACAACCCCUGCCAACAAAAAAGCGAAGGGCAUUGCUGCGAGCUUCUGGAGUGAAGAAGAUUGAUGUGGAAGAAAAACACGAGCUGCGGGCCAUCCGUCUGUCCAGAGAGGAUUGUGGUUGUGACUGCCGUGUGUUCUGUGAUCCCGAAACUUGCACUUGCAGUCUUGCAGGCAUAAAAUGCCAGGUGGAUCGUAUGUCUUUUCCAUGCGGUUGCACUAAAGAAGGGUGUAGCAAUACAGCAGGUAGAAUUGAAUUUAAUCCUAUCCGUGUACGGACUCACUUUUUGCACACAAUAAUGAAACUUGAAUUGGAGAAAAAUAGAGAGCAGCAAGUUCCAGCACUAAAUGGCUGCCACAGUGAGAUAAGUGCACACACUAGUUCUAUGAGUCCAGGACCCCAUCCGGUCGAAUAUUCAAUUGCAGAAAAUUUUGAGAUUGAAAGUGAACCUCCGGCUGCGGUUAUGCAUUCUCAGUCAGCUGAGGACUUGGACUGCCCAGGGGAAGAGGAGGAAGAGGAAGAUGGGAGUAGCUUUUGUAGUGGAGUUACAGAUUCUAGCACACAGAGUUUAGCCCCUAGCGAAUCAGAUGAUGAUGAAGAGGAAGAGGAAGAUGAGGAGGAAGAUGAGGAGGAAGAAAAAGCAGAUGAUUUUGUAGAAAGCAUGGGCUCCCAUGCUGAUAUGGUGCCUCUUCCUUCUGUCCUUUGCUACUCUGAUGGAACUGCUGUGCAUGAAAACCACUCUAAAAAUGCCUCAUACUAUACUAACUCUUCGAAUCUGUAUUACCAAAUAGAGAACCAUGUUGCUGGCACUGCUAACCAGAUCGGUGAGACUUACUCAGAAAGGGAUGCUGUCAAGAACGGUAGUCUUUCUCUGGUGCCUUACAACAUGACUUCAGAACAGUUUGUUGACUACACACGGCAAUCAGAGGAGACUUUUAGCAGCCCUCAUUACCCUUCUGCAAACCCCUCAGUGAUUGUUUGCUGCUCAUCUUCUGAAGGUGAUAGCAGUGUGCCGUGUAACAGUUUGUACGCUGAGCAUAGGCCAAGUCACCCCCAAGUGGAAUUUCACUCGUACUUGAAAGGUCCUGCUCAAGAUGGCUUUGUUUCAGCUUUGAAUGGCGACAGUCGUGUACAAGAGCACCCUGCUGAGAAUUCCCUAAACCUCCCAGAAAAGAGCAGACUGCAUGAAGAGUGCAUCAAAUCACCAGUGGUAGAAACGGUACCCGUUUAAUAUUAAAAUUAUUCUAGGACUGACUUCCUGUAUUAAAAUGCACUCACACUGGGUUUCCUAGAAUCUUACUUUUUUAAGAGGUAGACAACACUUGGACUGUGGUCAAUGUUCCAGACACAUUUUGUUUUCUCAAGCUACACUGGCAGUGGUAUUGCACAAAAACAGUUCAUGUAAAAAUUUAAAUAAAAAUAAUCAAACUGUCUUUUGAUAACAAUAAAACACGUAAGUAAAAAACACAGCCAACAUAUUUCAAAGUAGCCUACCUAUCAAAGUAUGUGAAACCUGCCAAGCUAUCUGAAUCAAAGCUUCGUGUUUUUGAUUGUCGGGCCUGUGCAAGAUUGUUAAAAAUGAUACUUUGAAAUAAUCAUGUUUAGAGUCCUAAUUUUCAACAUAUCUGAAAAGGUGGUAAGUUUAAUGUAAAAGUAACUACUGUACAAAAAGGUUUUAAUUGUUCUGUACUGUAUGUAUUUUAUUUAUGGUAGUUUAGUACUCAUGUUUUGAUAAACAUGAACAGCAUGUUCAUUUGAGCAGAAGAUCCAUAGCUAGUUACAACGAGCAUGUCCACUUUUCAUCUGGAGUACCAUGUAUUCUUUCUUUUUUUUUUUUUUUUUUAACUACCAUUUCUGGUAAAUUACCUUUAAAUCCAUUUUUAGAGUGUACUAUUUUCUCUUUUACUGUUCUUGACAAACAGAAGAGUCAGAAAGGGGGCAUUUACAUCUUCUAGAAAGGUGAAAGGUAGACAAUCCUCCAUCAAAAUUAAAAUCAGUGGCAUUCCAGAGCUAGUACUCCCUCCCCAAAGAAAAAUGAUCUUGUAUAUAAUGGCAAAGCAGGAGCUUAAGCUUGCACAGCACCUUUUAGCCCAACAAACAUUCAGAUACUUAUGCACUUUAGUGCCAUUUUGCAGUACUGUAUUAACUGAGGGAACUGUGAACUAUUUUGGAGAAAUGCCAUAGCUCCAGACUCUGAGGUGUAUGUAAGAUCUUAAAAUUCACUGUAACAAAACCUGUAUGUUUUUCCUAAGCCAGUUUAUGAAUAUGUCAGUAGGUAAUUUAUGAAAGCAGAGUCUUGCUGAUCAAAGUUUAAAUUAAGCAUGGGAAAAAAAUGUGGACGUGUCCAGAUUUCCUAAAUAUUUAGCAGUUUUUAUGAACUAUGAGUCUGGCUUUUGUGGACUUCUGAUCAUACCUCAAAUCUACAGAGUCAUUCCGUCUAAUUAGUGAACAGUAGAUUCAGUGAGGAAACACAGCUUCAGAAAUUUUAUAUCUGCUAAAGUUUGCAAGCAAAAUCGCACGUGCAUCAUACGGAUAUCCAUUACCUUGUGCUCCACUUGUUUUUAAAUGAAAUAGGAAUUAAAAUACCUGCUGCAAUUCAACCUUUAAUUUAUUAACCUAUGUUGCAUUCUUCUAGAAGAGGAGGUGUAGGAACCUGCUUUUCUCUACACUGAUAAUUCUGCAGUGCUUUAUUUUGAUUCAAAAACCUAUUUUAACAUUUUUGUUCUUAUACUGAAAUUUUAUUUAUUGUACAUCAAGUGGGUUGAAGCGUAGACCUGUCUUGUUUGUCAAAAUAAGGAUCAGCAUCUUAGUCUUUAUUUGUGUCAAAUCUAGAUGGUUAACAGUAUGCAUGUAAACACAGUGUAUAUUUUAGCUCUGUAACAGUGACGCUCUGGUUAGAAGCUCUUUAAAACAUCAUGUACAGUACUCCAGUAGAAAAACUGCCAGAUUUAAAAUAUGCUUUAAAAAACCCAAUAAGCUGAGCUAAUUGUAUUUAUAUGAAAUCUGGUCAAAGUGAUUACUCAUUUUUAUGCUAAAUUAGCAACAUAUUUUUACUCCAUGUAGUAGCUGGAAAGGUUUUUUUUUUUUUUUUCACUUGUUUCUCUAAGAGGUUGUGUUUUAUUUGAACUGCAUUGAAAAGUCCUAGUACUCUAGGGCCUAGAUCCCACACUUGCCACGUAUUCCAUCUGCUGGGAAAGCGCAGUCAUGUUGGUUAUCUGGCUCAGCAGUUCCUUAGCCUCUGUUCCUCUUCCUCAUAGAACACUCUAGUCUCUUUCUCUAAAGGCUGAGUAGCCAGGUAAGUUCAUGGACUCUUCAAUUCCAUAUAGCAAAUACCCAUCUUUUAUUUUUUGAAGAGAAACAUGUUUUAGUUCAUAAAAAAGUUCUGCAUCUAAGAAUAAUAUUAUUCUGUUCAAGAUAUUCUGUGGGCAAAUGUAACAAGUCUUUGUGUACGUAGGCGUCUUGCAUUAACAGCAGGCUUAACUCUGGCACUCUCACUCAACACCAGCACCAAAAGCACAAAUCCCUUCUACUUGAGCUGGGACAGCAGCUGUGAAUCAGUAGCAGCUUUUUAACCUCAGAGUGAGUUGGCUACUGGAGGAUCAUGCACACUUGACCAGGGUAUUUCUCUCAGGGGAAAGUUAAAUGAAAUAUUUUGUUUCAUUAUUUACCCCCCUUACUGAGCAAUAAGAAAUUAUUUUCUUGGCUCCUGUGCUUUCACAUGAAAAAUAUAUUUAAUAAUACUGGGAGCACAGUAAGCAAUUAACUUUAAAAAAAUGCAUCUCGGCUAGCUAAAAUACUGAGAUAAUGGUUAUUUAAUAUUUCCAUUGGCACAGGCUUCAGACCCCAGGCCUCCUUACUAUUAGCAUCUGAGUGCUUAGAAGUGUAUGUUGCCUGCCAUUGGGGCAGCGGGGUGAACACAGCUAAAUUCUCUAACGCUUGCAGCAUAGGGUAACAAGCAGUAGCUUGUAAUAGAUAGGGUAGGGGAGGCAGUGUCUAUAUAAAGCACUUGCUCUACACUAUUUUCCCUUGCUUGCAGUAGCUAAUUCCUGGGAGUCACAAUGUAAAAUGUGCAAAAAUAAAGCUAAAUCAUGGAAUGGAAAAUUUUCUGGCUGGUGUAUAAUAAUAUAGGAUGUGUCCCAUUUCCCAGUUGGUUAAUAUUCAUAUUGAUAACCAGUCUGUUCAUUUUGGAGUAAGCUUAUUUCUGCAUGAUAGAAGUAUUACGUUAUUAAAUGACAAACAGCAGCAUUUGCUUCUGUAUCGAUACGGUGUAUCGUGUGUGGAAGUAUUUACUGAUAGUUGUAUCAGCCGUAUUUUUGAAGAUGUCUCGCUACUGAUAAUCGCUUCUAAGCAGCCAGGUAAUAAGUUGGUAGGUAGUUUACAAUUACACUAUGUAGUUGAGAACAAAAGCAUUUCCCUCUCAAAACAGAAUUUUCACGGAACAGCACCUAAAACUGGAUGCCUUUUUGCCUAAUAUGUGAGCUUUGCCUCUCUUGGAAAAAAAUGCAUUGGUAAAGUUUAUAUAUAAAGCUUUAACUGAUGUUAUACAUAAAAUUAGAACUUUUCUGGCAAAAUCACAGCAAUUGCAGUUGUUUCCUAAGAGCUAUAACUCAUGUCCACUGGACCAUUCUUUAGAAACUUUUACUGACGAGCUUUUAAUUUUUUAAUAUUCCUUUUGUUUUUAAAAUAAUAAAUCUUUGAGCUGUAUGCCUUUUACACCAGAAAGUUCUAGAUUUGUAAAGUUUUACUAAUUUUCAUUUACCUAACUUCCUGCGAGUGAAUCCUAGUUUGAGUUGACAUUUAUUUAUUUUAAGGCCAUUGAUUACACUAUCUUAGUAACCAUCACUUGCAAUAAAUGGGGUUCAGCCUGCUCACUGAUGGGUUAACUGAGUCAGUUAACGAUGGGAUCCUGCCUUUUGUCUAAAUUCAGCAGAAAUUGUAUGAAGUAUGCAUGGUGAUGUUACUCACCGGCUUGCUCACUGAUCCAGAUCCAGUUUCUAAUCUUAUCUGCAUGUUUUAUUUCAGUAAACGUGCUAACGAUCACAUAGCAUUCCCUGCCUCGCAACUGGAAGGGUAUCUUCCGAUAACUAGCAACACAGCUAGUUUGUUAAAGACUGUAUACAUACAUUUGUUUGCAAAACAGAACAUAUAUUAUGUUUUUUAAUACUUCAGAUGUCCCUGACUCUUUGAUAGAAAUAUGAUAUACUGGAUCUGAGAGUAUUGGGCUCAGACAGAGGAGACCUGGGUUCUGUUGGCUUUGCCUUUGCCCUGCUGCAUCACUUCCAUUCUCUGUGCUCUUGUUGUAAGGUACUUGGAGAUAUUGUGAUUAAAAAAAACCCAAACCCAUAGAACAGGCAAAUGCCCUUUCUCCCCCCCCCCCCCCAUUUUUUUGGCUUCAAAACUAAAUUUUUGUAUUGCACAGUCACUUUCCCAAUAAAGCCCAAUCCAGCUCAGAAGUGACUAGAAUUUUUGUCACUAACAUGGAACACAGCAAAAACAAGCUCCCCUUUCCAAUCACCAGGUUAAUGAGCAAAAGUUUAACAAUAGAUUUCACAGUGAAAAAUAGAAUAAAAGCUGUGUUGGAUAUAUGACAUUGAUGUCUCGAGUGCUUAACAUUUGAGCAGCAAGACUGGAGUUGCCCUGCAACACCAUACUUUGUAGCAACAGGCAGUCUUAUUCCCCUGCAUGUUAUUGGUUUUGCCAGCUGAAGUCUCUCAGUUGAAACUCCUUGUCGAGGCUGCUCCUGUAGCAAAGCGGGUGCCCUUACUCAGAGCUAAAGCAAGAGAGACCCUUGAUAUUGCUUUAAAAGGUAUUUGCUAAAUAAGAAACUCCCAUGUUACAGUUCAUGAGCUGUAUAAACUCACGUUCAUUGUGCCAGUUGUUUAAUUUCCUGAAGCAGUCAGGAACAGGGACAGAAGAAGAUGAUAUGGAAAAUCCUUAAGUGUUUAGGGGUGUUACGCUUUCCCACUGGGGCUAAAGAGUAAUUCUGUCAUCUACUUUAUUAUGGUUGCAGAACAUCUGAUGUAAAAUACUUAGAAAAACUAGAAUUAACUCAGAGAAUAUAUUCUAUAGAAUUUAUUUCUAAAAUGUUAAAUCUGAUUGCUAUUUUUUUAAAAUGGUAGAAAGCUACUGUUAUUUUCAAAACAGAAUCUAGUUCAUUAAUGUGUUCCUUGGUAUGAGAAAUCUCAACAUUUACCUUUUCAAUGUUUCGCAAUUUAAAAAAAAAUAUUCCUUACUUUUGCUGUUCUCUGUAAUUGCUGUCCAUGUGCAAAUUAUUAAUUGUCCAUUUUCUCCAAGUGUGAAGUCCAAAGCGCGAACAUCAUGAAGCGAUGAACAAGUGCGGUUUAUUUGUAAAGAUGUCUGAGUGAACACACGCUUGAGUUCUUCAUAAGUGCUUCCUGUUCACUGUCUCUUCCCACUCCUAAAUCCAAGGCAGCUUUUAAUUUUUUUUGCGAAUAAAUGUGCCAGAGUGUUGUUUGCACUUAAGGAUGAAAGUUAUAACACCGUUGAGAACUUUCUCCUACCCUUAUAGCUGAUACCAAGAAUUUUACUUUUUAUAAGAACAUCCAAUUCAUGAAACAUCUGUUUUGCAACCUUAAGUCUUUUCUUUUUAAGUCCUUCCUCCCUUCAUCUUAGUGCCUGGGAAAGGUCUGUUGUAGAGGAAGGCUUUUCAUUAAAAUCGGGCACGAGAGCAACUCUAGUGUCCUCUGCUAAAAGAGUUCCUUUUAUUUUGCACUUAACACUAGCAUGGAGAUAGAUCAGAACCGUGGUCAAAAAUAGUCCCCCUUUGGCUCUAAAUAUGAGGGAGCAAUUCCAGUGGGGGGCUAUAGGCACUCCCUUUCCAUACACACAAACAGGAAGGAAACUACCCCACAGGCUGCAGAGAUGUGGUAGAGGAUCCUCGUCAUCUCCCGAGGCAUGCAGAUCCAGGGAAAGCGUGUCAUUCUUGAUACAGCACAGCCCAGUACAGGUUGAACAUCCAAGAACAGGGAAAGCAGAAAACCAUCACCUAGGGGAAGAAAGUUUCCUUCAAACUACUGGGUUUUUUUUCUUUAAUAUAAGUAAGAAAUAAUACAUUAAAACCACCCUCUUAUAAAUAGAAGUGAAUGAGAUCUUAAAAAGGAAAAGUUAAAAUGUCUGUUGCUCUACUGCUGUAUAGUCUUUGUGGUUAGGAGGAUACCUGCUACACAGAAGGUCCUGCUGACUGGAGAACUGUAUUCAUGAUGCUCUGUAUUGCUGCUUCUCAGUUGAGAAGAUGAUGGUCCUUCAUCCAAGGCUGGGGUAGAGGCAAACUUCAUUUAUUUACCCACUUAUCUUAAUUUGGAUCUUGGCAAUGACACUUUUGUUUUACUUAAGUAUUUUAUGAAUGAAUGUCAAGUAGAACCAAGUCAAAAGAAGUUUACCGCAUGUGUUUGGUCUUCUCUAACUGCGCACUUUUCCAACAAGCCAUGAAGACUGGAUUAGCUUUUCUCCAUGGAUAGGAAAAAUGGUGGAAGAUACAAAUGAACACCACUGUGCUAACACAAGGAUCAAGAUAAUCCUUUGUCUUGAGGCAUGGGAGGAUACACCCUGGAGCGAGUGAGGGGAGAAUAGAAAGGGCAAUUUAAAGAAAAAGAAGGAUGAAGGCAAGAGGUAGAGUGAUAAGGACAAUUUUUUGUUCUAAAGGGCAAAAGAAAACAUAUUUAAAAAAAAAAAAGGGGGAAAAAAAGGGAAAUUAAGCUAGCCCCAGAGCAAGGAUGGAAAAGUAUAUGCUUGUUCAGUACACGCUUGGGCAUGUUAGAUCAUACUAUUAAUUCUAGAUUAGAUCAUACUAUUAAUACAUUUUAAAACAAACAUGAACUCAGUAAACAUCAGGAAAUGUCAUUUUUUCCGUACCAGUUUUGUACAGGUGGAUAUUAAAUGAUUUAUCCAAAAGCAUGGGGUAAGAACUACAACACCCUAAAAGCAUUGCUGCCCUGUCCUUUCUUUGCCUAUGUCAGCUGCAGAGUCGUGUUCAGUAUCAUUUGAGUUAACACUGCGCCCAGGCACACGUCCUAAUAUAGCCUGGUUCGCAGAUAACGAGGCUCUAAAAGCAAAGAAGAAAUAGGUGUCCUUUUUAUUAGCAUUUUAGCUUGGGAGUUUCAAAUGAGGCAGUACAUUAUGGCGGCUACUUAUUUUCAAUUUCCCUACCUUAAACUUUUUAAAGAUGUUCUUAAUCCAACCCAAAAUGUCAUUCCUAAGGGUGAAGGUCAGCCUUGCUGGGGUACUGGGGGAUCACUGUAAAGAACCAGCCAUCCCAUUUGUGAGUCUCUCAUAUACAGAUCGAGCAUGAGUUUUCAGCUUCUCGAAGACAUUGCGUUAUCGUGUGCACUGGCAGCUGGUUCUCUUAAAAAAACCAGAAGCACGCUGGUUUUUCUCAAAUCGUUUCACACAAAUACCAUGACUUCGGUUCUCACAUAACAAUGCCCAUUUAACCAAUGCUUAACAACUGGGCCCUUCUUUUAAUUAACUGGUUGUAGGCACUUCUGUGGAAAUACGUCUGAAGUGUAGUUUGUGAAACAUGUUUAAAAAGUGUUUGAUGUAAAAUAAGCGCUAGACAUUUAACAGUGCAAAAAUAGUCAAAAAUCUGUAGAUUACGAAUCUGUUCUGAAGAGCCUCAGCCUGUAAUACUGUCUUAGUAAAGUCGAUUUUUAAGUUAAGUUGCAUUCUGGUGUAAUAAACUUUUACAAAUAAAAUUAUUAAUACAAAUGUACUGGUUAAUACCUGUUAACAAAAAAAGUGGCAGUUAUUUUGUUUCCAUCUACAGCUAAUAGACAGGGAUUUUGUUAAAAACACAAACCCAACACUUUCUAAAUUUUUUUUCUGUUUAUUUCUCAUAGUUUUAACAACUACCAGCUACAUAACAUUGACACUGUCUAGUCCAGCCCUGUCUUUUAGGAGGUUCAUCUCUCUCUCUGUGUAUAUACAUAUAUUUCCUCAUAAGAAUAUAAAACUGCUUUUGAAAUUUUUGUUGGCAAGUGGUAAAUAAUACACCGCAGCUUGGAUUCAAAAGCACUUAAGUUGCUGGUCUUUCAGACGUGUAACCCGUUCAAAAUGGGACUAGUAAAAAUGUGGUGUAAUUGCAGCCGUUUGUUUAAAAUUUCUACAUCUCUUCUAACUUAACAUAAUUAUUUUUGCUCAAAAAUUAGUGAAGUACUUAACAUUUUCUAUUACAGAUGAUCUUGCAUACUAGAAUUCUGGAGAUCUCAACAGUAAAGCAACAUAUUUAAUUUUAAACUGAAGAAGUGAAGGGAAAGAAAGUUCGUCUUAAAAUCUGUACAUGGAAAUAAUUUUAAGCUUCAUGAACUACACAUUUCCUUCAUUUCCUUCUUUUUUUUUCAACAAGUUGUAACAUCAAAGAUGCCAAAGGGUAAUAUAAGCUACAAUAAUAUUCAACAGAACUUAACCUAGACCUUAUGUUGUAAUAAUUUAUUCAAAUUAACUGUAAUCUUCUGUAUUUAUAUUUUCGGUAUUUAUUAUGAAUGAUACGGAAUUUGAUGUAUUUAUUGUGGCUUAUUACUGCAGUGUAUAUAUUACAAAAAAUGAGCAUUUUUAAGUCUUAAAAUUAGGUUUUUUGUUAAUUAGUGGCACUUGUAUCGGCUGUAUUUUUAUUAUCUAUUGUACAAUAUAUAUUGUCCAUUUGUUUGCAAUGAAGUAAAACAGGUUUCUACGUUACA